GCGCCGCUCGCCCAGGGCCGGGGCGCGCGGGAGCGGCCCCGCUGCGGUGCCCGUCGGGCGGCGGCGAGCAGGAUGCCGGGGCGCUGCGAGGCUCUACAAGUGAAUGAGAACGUCCUACGGAACUGAGGUGAAGAGCUGCACCAUGGGUCAACAAAUUUCAAACCACACACAAACUGUAAUUAAUAAGUUGCCAGAAAAAGUAGCAAAGCAUGCCUCCUUGGUUCAAGAAAGUGGUUUCCUAACAUACGAAGAGUUUCUGGGAAGAGUAGCUGAACUUAAUGAUGUUACUGAAAAAUUGGCUUCUGGACAAGACAAACAUCUGUUAUUUGAAGUGCAGCCUGGUUCUGAUGCUUCUGCUUUCUGGAAGGUGAUCGUUCGGAUAAUAUGUACUAAAAUAAAUAAAACAAGUGGCAUCGUGGAAGCUUCCCGAAUCUUGAACUUGUAUCAGUUCGUUCAGCUUUAUAAAGAUAUCACCAGUCAAGCAGCAGGAGUUCUUGCACAGAGUGGUACUGCUGAAGAAGCUGCUGAGAGUUUGAUGUCUGUGUCAUCUUGUCAGGCCAGCUUGUGGAUGGGAAGGGUUAAGCAGUUGACAGAUGAAGAGGAAUGUUGCAUCUGCAUGGAUGGGCGUGCUGAUUUAAUCUUACCAUGUGCUCACAGUUUCUGCCAGAAAUGCAUUGAUAAAUGGAGUGACCGUCACAGAAGCUGUCCUGUCUGCCGUCGGCAAGUGACUGGGGCAGGUGAUUCUUGGGUGGUCUCAGACGCACCUACAGAAGAUGAUGUGGCUACUUACAUACUUAACAUGGUAGAUGAGGCAGGGCAGCCUCACAGACCCUGACAACAGCCAACAAACUGAUAAUAACAGAAGCACUUGAAGCUUUUGUUUUCAUAAACAUCUGUUUUUACCUCUCAUUGCAGUUCUUCCACAGUUCAUCUUCUCUUCUUGGCUGCUGUGCCUCUACGCUGCUCUUUUAAAACACAGAGUAUAGAAGCCAGUGUGUGUGUGCAGUCUUCAUUAUUCAUCUGUACUUUCAGUAAACUCUUUGAUCGUUAACCAAGUUUAUUUUAACAACAACUCUUGAUAUUAAUUAACGAUUCAACUACUAGAUGAAGCCAUUUCUAGCACCACAAUUACAACUGCUAACUGCUGUUUGAACAUCCCAGUGUACUGCUACAGAAGAUGAACUAUGUCAGAUGGCUUGACGUCACAGUUCUUAUCCUUAAAAGCAGUCCCUUUUAGUUUCAUGGCAAAUGUGAAUAAAGGUGAGUUAGCACUAGUGAUUAUUCAUUUGAAAUUUUACUACUGACACCUGAAGAUGUUCCACUGCCUGUUAUUGAGUAACCAGUUAUUGCUGCUUUUAGUGUUUAUAGAUACUGAUUUCAAUCUGAUGUGUUACGAGUUCUAGUGUUCUUUUAAAUCUGGUAUGGAUAGUGUAGGCAGCUCUGUAAAUGUACUCGUGCACUUCCCUUUAUACAUCUAACAAGAUUUUAUAUCAGAAUAUUUUAAAAAAUAUUAUAUUUAGCAUAGUCUUAUUAGCUUGGAAACAUUAAAGAGUUUCAUACACAAUCCUAAAAAAAUAGUUAAUCAGUUUCUUUACAGACUUUUGAUCAAGAACAGCCAAAAUUGUUUUUAAACAUUAGGCAUAUCUGAACAGAAUUACUUUAUUUGAAUUGGCUGUUAAGAUGUAGUUUGGUCUGAUUCUAUCGUUUUAUCUGCUUCUCUUUGAGUUUUGAAGUGAUGAAGUCAGAGUUAUAAGGUGUACUAAGAGUUACAAAGUGAUAAUCUAAGUAAGGGUGCUGUGGUUUCUUAUCUACAAGUGCAAUAUGCUUCUAUGUAGCAGAGAGAAACACAAUAUGUUGCCGUUGAGAUGUGCAUGUGACAACUUGGGAAAAGGGAUAUCACAACUAGAGUGCAACAGUGUAUUUCUGUGUCUAGCAGAAUCUUUAAAGAGCUGAGUUUAGGCAGUCUAAAAUAAAUUGUUAUUGUUUGGGAAACCCAUUCUUAAGCCUUUUACACAUAAAUAGUGUUUUGAAAAUUAACUGCUAUUGUAGAUCAUUAAUGAUUUUUUUAAUAUAUAUUAACAAAUAAUACUCCUUUAGCUUGAGGCUAUUGAGUGAGAAAUACUCAAGUAUAGCAUGUAGGAGUAUCAGCAUAAAUCUUGCUUACUUUAAGACUGCCCCCAACACAAGAAGGACAUGGAGCUCAUGGAGCAAGUCCAGAGAAGGCCACAAAGAUGAUCAGAGGGCUGGAGCAGCUCUCCUACAAGGACAGGCUGAGAGAGCUGGGGCUGUUCAGCCUAGAGAAGAGAAGGCUCCGGGGAGACCUUAUAGUGGCCUUCCAGUACCUGAAGGGGCACCAGGAAAGCUGAGGAGGGGCUUUUUACAAGGGCUUGUAGUGAGAGGACAAGAAGUAAUGGAUCAAAACUGGAAGAGGGGAGAUUUAUGUUAGACAUUAGGAGGAAAUUCUUUAGUGUGAGGGUGGUGAGACACUGAAACAGGUUGCCCAGGGAAGUUGUGGAAGCCCCAUCCCUGGAAGUGUUCAAGGGCAGGUUGGAUGGGGCUCUGAGCAACCUGAUCUAGUGGAAGGUGUCUGUGCCCAUGCAGGGGGUUGGAACUAAUGGUCUUUAAGGUCCCUUCCAACCCAAACCAUUCUGUGAUUCUAUGAUUACUGUACUUAAAGUUCGAUGAUGCCAUAAGUCUAAGGUCUUUUAUCAUAGACAGGAUCUGAAGUAAAAAGCAUGUGCACAUGUAGAUAUGCACAUUUGGGUUACUUUUCUUGAUUGGCUACAAAAUACUUUAGUUAUACUGGGGACUAGAUCUUGAGAAUUUCUCUACUACACAUCUGUUUGUUAAGGAACAUGGAUAGCAUAUGGCACCCAUUUGAGCUUGGCUUAUGGCACAGUUGUCAAAUUUGUCAUAGACAUUAGGACAGAUAAGCAACAUACUUUUCUCGUGUAUAUCAUCUAAAAGCCAGUGUGGCUUAAUGUGUAAAUCUGUAUUUAACUAUUGAAAAAUCAAUUUAAUAAUGUAUAUAGCUUAUAAUUAUUUUUCCCUUUCUUAAUCCUUUUUUUAUCAAAGAGAUACCCUUCAGAAAAUGUGUGGAGUGGUUGGUUGUAUAAAGACAGUUGUCAUUUGGGCUGAAAAUAGUUAAUGGUCACGAAUUUUCCACUAAAAUAUUUGCAGAUAUUCCCAAUCAUACUCCAGUUUGGUUUCUUUGUGCUUUUUGAGCUUGCAUUAGUCCAUGUUCAGAACUUGAAAAUAACCUUUGAAUUUUUUAAACUUUUUAUAUCACUGGAACGGAAGGAGCAUCUAAAUUAAAGCUUCAAGCUAACUUUGUUCUGCAAGUAUUUCAAGAAUUGUACUUCUAAACUGACAUUUUGUAAGUUGACUUUCUGCUGAGAACUGACAUGAACUUCUUAAGAUGUAAUUUUAUAAUUAUGCAAAUAGGUUGUUAAUUGCAGCAUAAUGACACCUGCAAUUACAAUAUAAAUGAAAGUGAAAAUAUUUAAAUAGUGAAAAAGUAAACUUUGUAUUCUGUAUAGCUUUUUUUAAAUUAAGUUGCUGUAAUUCACACUGCUGUGAUGUAGGUACUGUAAUGUGUGCCUUGUAAAAUAUACGUACUGUAUGUUAUAUGGGAUAAUAGGAACUUUAACACUGAAAAACUAGUAAUUUAGUACUGAUUGGUAUUAUCUAGUCUGAAGUGCUACAUUUCACAAUUUUGGAAAAGGAAUUCCAUUGGCAGGGACAUGGCAAUGUGUUCCAGAAGGCAGACCUUGAAAAUGGGAAUUACUGUGAAAAGCUGUUGGUGGGGGCAUUAGAACAAACUAAACUUUCUUGUGUUAAGAUUUCUUACAGGUUUAAUGUGAAAUUGUAAUUUACACAUUAUAGAUUGUAUUAAUAGUUAAGGACAUUCCUGUAUAUUAAAUUUUGUGUAUAAAUUGUGCAAUAAAGUUACUUUGGAAAAAAUGUCAGAGUUCUUUUAAGCUUAA